UGUGAUUUUAACUUCAGAUAUCUCACAGGCUUCUAUAUGCAGUGCCUAAUCUGUUUCUUAUUGUGGCACACAAAGGCUGUAAACAUGGAAAUAAGUAUGUCUGAAUAUUAAUUGUAAAGUUGGUUAAAUUGGCAUGGUAAAGUUGCUAUUAAGACUCAAAACAAAAUAAACGUUAAUGGAAAAGGGAACUCUUCAAACAGGCUCUCGUUGGCACAUAUGUAGGUUAUCUGUCCCAUCCAUCAUCAAUACACUUGAGACUCCUUAGUUUGUGGUAUUACACUGUCUAUCCGUCCUCCCACCAUGCACCGGACAUCACAGGGGAUGGGAAUCCCCAUGUGUGUCAUCUGCAAAGUAAACAACAUGCUUUGAGACCACAAAUCUUUGUAGUGAUGGCAAUCAGGAAAAAAGAGACCUAUAGUUGUAGGAAAUUGUUUUUAAAAAGGAUCUGUCAUGUUACACAUGCAUAUAAUUCAAUUUACAUGUUAUAACACUUCUUGUUUUGUGGAACAUCAGAAUGGGUCCUUCUCCCUCAGCUCCAUUCAUAAACACUUAUGGACUACUGCUGUCUUUAAGAACACACGUAUUACUCCAAAGCUAAACAAUAAGACCAUUGUGUUUGAUUGCAGUCCUCGAUAUACAUGCAGGAAUUUGUAUUAGAAUCUGUACAUAAAUUUGAGUGUGUGUGUGUGUGUAUGUAUGUUUAUUUGCUUAGGCAGUAUGUAAAGGACAGGAGUAUGGACCCUAGUGGCCUGAUGAACACAGAAGGAGAAUGGGGUAGGGGUGUGAAGACUUGACCAUUUGGUAGAUGUGCUAACACGCACUCACCUAUAUAACACAAAGGGACAGAGCCAUGAGUGUUAAAAGAAGAAAAGCAGAUCACGACAGUCACCAGUGGAAGAAUAGAGAUAGGUAAAGACAAAAGACAAACUGUAGACUACUGGAACAUAAACCAUGUUAAGACUUUAAAUAAGUUCAUAAGUCAUUCAGGAGAUCUGAAGAAAAAGGGUACCCAGAGAAGAUGCUGGGAGUGGAGAUGUACCCCAGUUUGGCCCUGGCGGCUCCAAGACUUGGAGACUGCUAUUAUCGAGAUCGAGGGCCCUCAGACCAUAUGCCUCUAUACCCCAUGUCAUGUGACAUUGCAGCAAGAAACCUCCCCCCUCGCCUUUUGCCCCAAGCCCCUACAAACAGAGAGACUACUGGGAAAGCUCAGGAGACUGUAAAGAUGGAACUGGAGAAUAUAUCACUAUGGAAACAGUUUAGCACUGUUGGCACUGAGAUGAUCAUCACCAAGAAGGGCAGACGGAUGUUUCCCCAGCUUAAGGUUAAAUUGACAGGCUUGAACCCAUCUCUGCGUUAUAUUCUCCUGUUGGAUAUCGUACCUGUGGACUCCUCUCGUUAUCGUUUCCAAGAUGACAACUGGCAGGUGGUGGGUGGGGCUGAAGCCCGACUUCCAGACCGGGUGUUCAUCCACCCAGACUCUCCUGCUACUGGAGAGCAUUGGCAGAACCGCAUCAUAUCUUUCCAUCGAGCCAAACUUACCAACAACACACUGGACACACUGGGAUAUAUCAUUCUCCACUCUCUGCACAAAUACCAACCCCGAGUGCAUGUAAUUGAGGCCAGAGAUGUGCUGAUGUGGGGAGGAUCUCAGCACUCCUUCAUCUUUCCUGAGACCCAGUUCAUUACAGUUACAGCCUACCAGAACAACAAGAUAACUGAACUGAAGAUCAACUCCAAUCCCUUUGCCAAAGGCUUCAGGGAGGAUGGCAUGAACUGCAAAAAACAAAGAGAUGCAAGACAGAAGCGGAAAUUGCCCCAGCCCUAUCAAGAGGAACCUUUAGAUAUAGAAUCAUGUGACCCAUGUGAUUCCACGGAGCUGCUACCACAGUCUAUGGCACUUCAGAGGUCCACUCUGCCUGAUUCAGACUUCUGCUCUGAUGUGCCAUCUUUUCCAGAGCAGACAGAACAGCAGAUCAACUCUAGACAAGCAUAUCUGGAAUCCCAAAUGACCCAGAUACAUCCAAUCCCAGAGAUCACUGAUUCUAUAGACAACCAACCUCAGUCAACAUCAGAUAAUGUUGUUAACAAUGAAUUGCUUGAUGGAUCUACACAGAUUAUACGUCUUUCUUCAUACAGUGCAUUUACAUCUCCACAAAUAACAUCAUCUCCCCAACCAGUGCCUCUUCCUCAGCCUUCACCCCUCUAUUCUGUGUCGUCCACUCAGACAUCUAAUCUACCAUCUUCCCAUUCUAACCCCUCUUCUCUGCCAGAUUAUUCCUCCAUGGCUUCAACCAACUAUGCAAUUCUGGACUCCUCUUCUUCAAUCACCUGUUCUUCUAACUCUGCCUCCAGGGCUACAUAUUCCUCCACCUCUCACUCCUCUUCUCCCAGCUGCAGCCCCACAUCCUCCUACCACUCUGUUCUUCCAUCCCAAGAUAACCUAGGCCCUCACACACCUACAAAUACAUCCUUUUCAUCCAUUCCUCCAUCUUCAUGUCAGGCUGUCACCACAGGUUCCAGCCUUUCUAUAGACACAGCUCAGGACCAGAAUGUUGAUGGAGAGUUGGCAUCUUCUAAUUCUACACCCUCUGCUGUCCAAGACUCAGCAUCGACUGCUUUUCCGUUUCUCCCAGUGCAGUCCUCCAACAACCCAGAGCCCACUACUCCAUCAACGCAAGUCCUACCCACAUCUGCUUUCCCCUUUCCUCCAAUGCCACAGCCCAAUCCUAUUAGUGUCACACCAGACUCACACCAGGUCCAGACUGAUUUCCCCUUUCUUUCUAUGCAAGAAACCACCUCCAGCGGUAUGUCUACCUCGUCGGUACCGGACACAACUGCCUUUCCUUUUCUAUCACAGCCAAGUCAUUCAAAUCCUUCAGCCUCUCCGUCUGUACAAGCCCCAGUGGCUUUCUCUUUCACAACCACACACCCAUCUUCAGCUUCUCUUCAAAACCCUUCUUCAUCUUUCCAAACUCAUUCAACACCUGUUUCUGUGGCUUACUCUUCUUCCAGUCCGAUAAACCCAGUGCCAACACAGGCUGUCUCUGGCCCCACACUUAACCCUGCCCCUGCUCAUUCUCUCUCAUCUUUAUCUGCUUCUCUGCCCACACAUGCAGUCUCUGGGUCCCAGUCUACCUCAGCUCAAACCCCUUACGUAUCAUAUCCCUUUCACACUUCCAUCCCUGGACCACAUCCUCGUCAGAAUCUAGCCAUGGCAUCUGUUGGCUCUUCUCAUGGUGUUCAGGCCCUUCCCAACAUGAGCCAAAUCCAGCCCACUAUCUCCCAGUCAUUCCCGACCUCCCCUUUCUCUCAUGUCCCUCCCCAGUGUGCUAACCCUUCUCAAAUCCCUUCACAGCCUUUCACUCAUAUACAGGCUUCUGUAGCUUCCCAUCUUCCACAUUCAGCCCUCCAAAACCACCCCAUUCACCAAAGCUCGUCUCAUACACAUUAUCCUGCAUCUUCCACCAAUGCCUACCCUCCUGUUGCUCCAUCAGAGAUAGGGUCUUUUUCUCAGGUUAAUCCAGCUGCCCCUUACCUACCAGAUGUGGUACUGCACCCUCCAAUUCUCCCUCCUAUAGAUCAUUCCACUCCACCCUCCCUCUAUAACCAUUUUCCUUCCUAUCCUCUCCGUCUGUGCCAGGACCCCAGAUCUUCCUUCCAUUUACCACUCAGACACAUUUUUAGACAGACCCAGCAUGUACACUCUAACAGUCAAGGGCCCUACCUUGACCUUGGGGGAAGACCUACAUUCUGAAAAGGCAUUCAGAAGAUCGUUUUAAUCUGUUUAAUUGUGCAUAUGAAAAAGCU